AUGGUGCGCGUUGGCGCGAAGCGUGAGCGUCCUUGCAUUCUCGUGCUCCAUGUCGCCUUGCGGGCCGCUGCGUGGCCCGAAAGGGAAGGACGGCAGCGCGGGCGUGAAGGAGGAAGCCUCUCCACCUCUCCGCAAGAACGGUUUAUCUGGAAGACUUCGGCCACCGCGGAGGUAUACGCGAAGGCGGUGCUGCGCAGCAUACGUGCGUACUGGCAACUGCUUGGUGGGGUACGCUACGCGGGCUCCAAUGCCUUGACUCUGGUCAGUGCCGUGUGGCAGGACAUCGACAGUGCCGCGGUUGGGGAAACGGCGGCAGCGCGAGCGGGAGGGGACGCCGAGGGUACCUCACCGUCGGCUGUCCCUCUGACAAGUACCAUUACCACGGCAGCCAUGCGCUCAAAACGACAGCGCAUGAGUGCAACCCGGCGGCGCAGCGGCGUGCUGCGGUGCGCCGUGCAUCUCUCUCGCUCCGUCUACGGGGACGCUGGCGCGGCACACCUUCUGCGAGCCUCGUGCGCGUGUGUUACCGAGGCUACGGCAGCGGUGCCGGUGUCGCAACUGCUCGCUGAUGACGGUGCCGCGACGGUGGCGGCCGGCGCUUCGACAGACGACGGGCGAAAGAGGCGUCGCGGACGCACAGAGGAGGAUGUUGGGGAUAUGAUGCAGCAGACCUGCCACGCCGCCGUGCAUGUUGCGCGUGUGGAGAACGUGUUGCCGUCGCCCCAGCGACGCUGA